AUGCCAUCCCCUGAGCUGACGGGUGGCUCAUUGCCGUCAGAGCAACAAUUUGGGGAUUCUCAAUUGGGUGCUACAAACAGCUCCGGCGCGUCAGAAACGGGGGAGCAUCCAGACAGCGCCGACCUCGGGACAUACCAAUCGACAAAUGGACACACCCCAGACACGUUCGCCGAGGGCAAGCAGAGCGCUAAGGCUAUGUUGGCCGCCUCAGCAGGAUCGGAGCCCGGCAGCGAAGGCUCCAAUAGUACACCUCAUUCGAAUGGCACGAAUGGUUCCGCAAGAAAGCGAUCCCACGAUGGAUCUGCUGUUCAACCAGCCGAGGUUGCCGGAGCUAUCCCUGUUCGCUCUCGCGACCCGCCACUAGACAAAGUUCUUCUGUCGCAGUACGUGGAUCGCGAAUUCCAGCACUCGGCCGCAGCUGCCUGGCACAAUCCGGGCCAAGAAUUACAAAAAUCUAAACGGGCGGAGCGUGACUUCUAUCUGGCAGUCCGACGUGAGAACCAGCACAAUCCAGCUGCAUUAUAUGGCGUGGGCUACGAGGGAUUUGGAAAUCCCCGUACCGACCUUCGCAAUCAACAUCCUCAACUCCUCUACCCCACCCAUCGCCGUCGGCCAGGAAACCGCAAAACACGAGAGUUGCGUAUUUCACGGCGUGAAGCAAAGAUGCAAAACGAGCAGAUGGAAGACCUCGUGCCCAUCCGCUUAGAUAUCGACUGGGAAAAAGUGAAGAUUCGCGAUACUUUCACAUGGAACCUUCACGAUCGUGUCGUAUCACCGGAUUUGUUUGCUGAGAAGCUGGUUGAAGACUUGGGCCUUGCACUUGAGACGUCGAUUCCAUUAGUACGAAUGAUCUCUCAGAGCAUCCAGGACCAGGUGAUAGACUUCUAUCCUCAUCUCAACAUACACGAAGACGCCCUUGAUCCUCAGUUACCCUACACCGCGUACAAAAAUGACGAGAUGCGCAUUUCGGUUAAGCUGAAUAUCACUAUUGGUCAACACACCCUCAUCGAUCAGUUUGAAUGGGAUAUCAAUGAUCCCAACAAUUCUCCCGAAGAAUUCGCCUUGCGUAUGACUGAUGAUUUGUCACUCUCUGGUGAAUUCACCACUGCCAUCGCCCAUUCAAUCCGCGAGCAGUCUCAACUUUUCACCAAAUCCUUGUACAUUGUCGCCCAUCCCUUCGAUGGUCGUCCAAUCGAGGAUCCAGACCUACACACAUCUUUCCUCCCUACUCCUGUGGCUUCUGCCUUCCGACCUUACCAAUCCGCCAAAGAGCACACACCUUAUCUUUACGAACUCAACGAGGCGGACCUGGAACGUACAGAAAUCUCUAUUUCUCGAGAACAACGUCGCCAGAAACGAUCAAUCAACCGUCGUGGUGGCCCUGCUCUGCCAGAUCUCAAGGAUCGUCAACGUACGAUCCGUACUAUGAUUGUUUCAUCGGUAAUCCCCAACUCGGUGGGCUCUCUAGAAGAGAGCAAUGUCAUCAAGCGUACUGGAUCUGGCCGCCGUCGUGGAAUGACUGGAAACCGUGGUGGCGAUGAAGAUUCAGACGACUUUGAUAGUGAUGACUCCUCUGUUGGAUCUCCUGCUAUUGGGCCCAACCUUGCACAGGGUACUGCCCGCACAAGAGGCAUGAGGGGCGCAGCUAGUGCAGCCCAUGCAGCCCUUCGUGCAAGUCUGGGACAAUCUGCAACGCCCGAGCCUGUCUUCCACGAGUCCCGAGUCUCUGCACGAAGGCAACAAUAUCGAGAGGAAAGCGUAGAGGAGUCUGAUACAAAGAUCGUAAGACUCAAAAUGUCGCGCGAUAAAUUGGUCGACUUGAGGAACGGAAGGCGCAUCGCCUCCCACUCCACAGUCCAUACUGCACGCGCAAUGGCGCCUCCAUCCGACAAACAAUCCCGACUCCACCCUCCACCCCGUCCUCAACAAACUGGUGCAGUCGAUGCACCGAAUCCACCGCAACCCGGUGUCUCAGGCCCUCCACCGCCAAAUUGGCUGGCCGCCGGCCUCAGCAAGCUUAAGCAAUCCCACCCCAAUGAUUCCUUCGAGGGCGUCAUGCGCUAUUCCGCCGUCGACACAGACACCCUAGCCCCAGUUGCAAAUCCCAACAACCUCCAGGACGGCCAAAAGAUCAAAUACCAAUACCUCCCCCGUAUCCGCUGCCACGACUGCCCAGGGAAGCUCUACACCCCAGGGCCAGGCAUGACAGUGGAUAACUUCGAGGUUCAUCUCCGCAACAGGCAGCACAAGGAGCGCGUCGAAGAGCGUCUCACUAAGACUGGUGGUGCUUCUGCCCCUAGUAGUGGAAGCGCGAGCCCGGCUCUCGGUGUACAUGCCUCGGCCUCCCCGGCCACUGGAUCCCAGCCAUAG